AGGGAGCGAGCGAGGGAGCGAGCGAGGGCAGCACGGCACGGCCGGAGGAGGAAUCUGUCGCGCGAGCAUCCCGGCCGGCCAGGGAUGCUCGGAUGCUGGGGGCGCGAGGAGAGCUAGUCUGUGUUGACUCCUGGCAGGGCGCGGAGCUCGAGGGUGUCGCUGGCCGCACGCCACGACUCGACGGCUCAAAGCUUCGCGGGGCGUCUCCGGCCGAGGGAGCGAGAGAGCACGGCCAUGGGGUGGCUCCUCCGCCUGCCCCGCCGCCCGGUUCUGCAGUAGUGCCUGCCGAUGCGAGAGAUUUCGGUCGAUACUUGUGCUACGGGUUAUUUCGCUUUUUCCUUCUCUUCUUUUCUCUUUCUGUCGCGGGAGGAGCAUAUAAGGUGGAUUUGCGAAACGAGUUCAGCUCUUGUGAUUUGUGAAGUGAAUUCCAGGCUAGAGGAUGUGGCCAUUCAUCCGGCGGUAAUUCCGUGAACUUGUGCGGCCUCCUGAAGACGCGGGCCGCUGGCGGAGGGAGAGGGAGCCGGACUUUCGUUUGCCUAAAUCCUCGUCCGCCGAGGGGGUGACGGCCAUGAGUGGCGGUCGGCGCGUCGAGGCGGAGGACCUGGCCGAGGGUGAGGCCUCCUGGUGGCUGCAGGCGACCGACUACCCGUGGGACAACGCCUCGUGCGACGCCGUCACGUGCGGCAACGCGUCGGCCCUCGCGAACGCCACGCAGCGGGUGCCGGCGCCGCAGCUGCACGCCAUAGACCGCAUCCAGUUCUGGGUGACGCCGGCGCUGGUGGUGUUCGGGUGCCUGGGCAACGUGGUGAGCGUGUGGGUGUUCCACUCGACCAAGCUGCGCACGCUGAGCUCGUCCUGCUACCUGGCCGCCCUCGCCGCCUCCGACACGGCCUUCCUGCUCACGCUGUUCCUGGUGUGGCUGUCCAUGGUGGGCUACGACCUGCUCAACCAGCCCGGGUGGUGCCAGGCCAUCAACUACGCCAUCUACGUCAGCACCUUCCUCAGCGUGUGGCUCGUCGUCGCCUUCACCGUCGAGCGGUUCAUCGCCGUGUGCUACCCGCUGCUGAGGGCGGCGGUGUGCACGGUGCGCCGCGCCCGCCUCGUCAUCCUGGUGCUGACGGCGGCCGCCCUGCUGCUCUACUCGUACCUGCUGGUGGCGGCGGCGCCCGGCGUGCACCCCGUGGCGCGCCGCACCAUCUGCAAGCUGCGCGACGAGUACGUGGCGCUGGCCACCGCCAUGAACUACGUGGACACGGUGCUCACGCUGCUGCUGCCCGUCGCCACCGUGGUCACGCUCAACGUGCGCAUCGCGCGCUGUGUGUGGCACGUCGAGCGCCUCAGGCACUCCAUGACGCUGGCGCACGCCCCGCACGCGCCCGCCGCCAGCCUGUGCCCCGGCGGGCGGGAAGCGGCCGCCCACGACGGCUGCAAGGCGGGCGGGGCGGGCAGCGGCGUGGUGGUGGUGGCCGGCGGGCGGGGCAGCCAGCCGGCCAGGGUCAGGUCGCAGAACAAGGUGACCAAGAUGCUGCUCAUCAUCUCCACCGUGUUCAUCCUCCUGAACCUGCCCUCGUACGUCAUGCGCGCCUACAUCUUCUUCUGGGUGAGUCUCCGGGGGACACGAGGGCCAAAGAAAGAGCGGGAGAAAGAAAGGAAGAGAAAACAACAACGCAAACCUAUGCGAACCAAUAACGUCCUUAAAGUUACAACCAACAUGAAUAAAAACCUCCCUCCUUCAGACAUGACUUCCACGAGCCCUCUCGCUUCCCUCGGCGAUGGUGCCACACAGGUUCUUUGA